AUGAGCUCGAAUACAGCAUACCUGGAAACUAACCGAACAAACCCGUUUCAUUAUCACAAACUUCAGCUGAAUGAAAUCAUUCUUCACCGAAACGGUCUACCCAUUGCAGGAGGAGGAGGAGGAGGAGGAAUUGGCGACACGGCAGUGGAUGUGAGCGGAGUGAGGUUCGUGGCCACGUACCAACCUCUGUGGGAUGGACAAACGGACGAUUUCGCCAGAUACAGAGAGGAAUUGGAAGAUAUGUUGAUAACCCAGAACCUCUUGGUGAUCGGCGGGGACUUCAACUCCAGCGUGGGGGACACCAGAGAACGGAGCAGAGACACAGUCGCAGGGAAGUUCGGGCUGGGCAAGACGAAUACUGCAGGAGUGGACCUGAUCGAGUGGUGCCACGCCAACCAGUUAGCGUGGGUGAACUCGUUCUUCCAACACAAGAACAGAGGAACGUGGAAAAACCCGGCGAACGGAAGCUGGCACGAGCUAGACGGCUUUUUGGUUAAGCAGAAGGAGAGAAGCCGAAGAGUCGUCAACGUCAGCACGUUGGGAGUGAACAAACUGAGCGACCACCGGGCGAAAAGGAUGACCUGUAAUCUGGAAGACAAGAAGAAGCGCCACCACGGUUCGACGAAGGUCCAGCGCAGACGGACGGUGGAUUGGGACAAGCUGAAGAUCCCAGAAGUGGCAGCGAAAUUCCGAGAGAAAAUCGAGAACCCGGAGGAUUCAGUGGAAGACUGGAACGACGCGAUGAAGCUGUUUGAGAAAGCGGGAAAUCUAGCCUGUGGUUCCAAAGCGAAACGGAACUUGAGCCCGUGCCUAGAUACUCACCUGGAAGAGAUCGACAACUUUCAGAACCUUAUCACUCGACUUACCCAGGAAAUGAACAACAACAUCCCGACAGCGACAGAAGAACGGAAGACGGUCAGGAAAGACUACAAAAAAGCGAAGAAACGGUGGGAAGAAGAGUGGUGGAUGGAAAUUGUCGAAGACGCGAGGAAGGCAGAACUCCAAGGUGACAUCGGGACGCUGUACAAGACGCUGAAGCGUAUUGGAAUCAGAGACAACUGCACCUUUGAAGACGAAACCUUCAGCCCCGAAGAGUUCCGAAGUCACUUUAUGAAAGUAUCAGAGAACAGAUACGAAAGAGGACGAGACGAGAUCGUUAGGACCCUGGAAGAGAUCCCCGAGCGCACCGACCAGACAGCACUAGAAGCGGCCAUUGAACUGGAGAGAGUGGUCACGUGGAGCGAGUUUGAAACAGAGUUGGCCAAGAUAAGGGAUGAAGCACCAGGGAACGACGGAGUUCGGAUGCUAGCAGUAAAGGUGGCCAGCAAACCAAUUAAGCAGGAGCUCCACAGAAUGAUUGGGCAGUUGAUAGACAUGAAACCGGAGGACUGGCCAGAAGAAAUAAAGGAAGGCUGGGUCAUUUCCCUGCACAAGAAAGGUCCCAAGAACGACCUGGGCAACUACCGUGGAGUGUGCCUGUUACCACUGGCAAGCAGACUGAUCGCACGUAUCCUCGCGACGAGACUCCGGACAUGGGCAGAAACCAUUGGCGCUCUGGACGAGAACCAGAACGGUUUCCGUGGUGGAAGGUCUACGGCUGACGCAACGCAGAUCAUUAUCCGGAUGGAAGAAGAAACAAGAAGAGUGUACGGAAUGACAGACGAGUGCAACGAGAACCGGCCAGGGGCUGUCCUCCUAGACAUCACCAAGGCUUACCCUCGCACCAACAAACCCCUUCUGUGGGGUAUGUUAGCCAGAUUUGGCAUGACGGACAAGGUGCUCGAUCUGCUGAAAGGUCUCCAUGAAGAAACGCGAUACCGGGUGAAAGGAAAGGAAGGUCUAAGCGAUGAUUGGGCCCCCGCCAGAGGACUCAGAGAGGGGUGCGCAACAUCACCUAUCCUUUUCAACGUAUACCAUGCCGAAGCAAUAAGAAGAGCGGAAAGAGAACGGAGAAAGGAGGCGGCGGAGAGAGGUCAAGAGUGCGGUCUCACCUGGAGGUGGACACCAGGAGGCAGCCUCCCACCGAGAGAAAGGCCCAGAGCAUUGCAUAGCAGCAACAAGUGUAAUUUCAUCCUGGAGGACUCGUUGUUCGCAGACGACACCUCUCUACUUGGUUGGACCGAAGAGCUCGUCAUAGGGAAAGAGGUGAUCAAGAAGAAAAUGAUGGAGUUUGAAGAGAAAUGCCACGACGGCAAAGAAGAAUCCAUCACUUUUGCAACUACCAGCGCCCAGAAGACUAGAAUGCUGGGAACGCUCAUCGGGAAACGAGAAGACCGAGGAGCCAGGAUCAAGAGAGGGAACCACGCGUGGAGCAAGGUGAAACAAUGGCUCUGGAAUUCGAGCCUCUCCAAGCGCACCAGAGCAUUGGUGGUCCAAGCCGUAGUGGAGUCCACUCUCCUGUUUGACUGUAGCGUUAGAGCAUGGACACCGACCGACAUCCAGAAGUUCCAGAGCGUUGCAGACAGAGCCUACAUGUUUGUGUGGAACAAUGGAAAACCUCACACACUGAUAAGGAUGCAGAAUGAAGGAGUCAACAGCUACGAGACCCGCAGACAGUUGAACAUUGAAUCGAUAAGGACCAAGAUCGAGUGCAGAGCAUUAGAGCGAAUGGGCCACGUUCUCAGAAUGUCGGAUGAGAGGAUUGUGAAGAAAGCUGUGCUCGGAUCCUGGGACAUGGAGAGGACAUGCAGUGGGAACGCGCGAGGCAACACCAUCCAGUACUGGCGCAGACUGCUGAAAGAAGCAGGACAUGAAGGCGACAACAGCGAGAACCUCACCAAUGACCGUAAACGAUGGAAGAAGACCGUUACAGAUCGCAGGACGUUCCUCAAAAACUGGGAGGCGCAAAUGUGCAACUGGCACAGAGGAUUGGAAAAACCGGCCCGCUCACAAUGGAAUAGAGAGAGAAUAAGUGACAGCGGUUGGCCUUGCCGCUGGGACGGAUGCGACAAGAUGUGCGCAACAAAAGGAGGACGGACGAAUCACGAGAGAAAAGCACACAGAAGGGAGUCAGUGGACUACAAGUGUCCAAAGUGCAACGACAGUUUUUUGGACCAGGCUGCUCUGACAAACCACUUCAAGGCGUGCCAAGGAGGGCAGGGUGGGUUCUGUCCGAAGUGUCAGAGGUCCUUGUCGUUGAGCAACAUGGCAAGACACCGGAGGACCUGUCGAGGAGAACACCCGACAGCCCCAGAAAUAACCAACACCAUUAUCACAGGACGAUUCGCCGGAACGAGAGCCAGAAUCCAAUGCGAAGAAUGCGGUACUUGA